UGCCCCACAAAACCCGUUCGAAAACCUCGUUCAGCUCUAAUUCUAAUGGCGCUAAACACCCACUGUAGAAAGAUAGAAAGAAGCAGUAGACUAUCAGCUCUGCUCUGUGUUAAUCAUUUCUAUCGUUUUAAGUUCUUCAAUGGAAGUAGUCAAGCUAUGUUUAUCUAAUGAUACUGUGGAGAAUGGUGAUUAUUGCUCAAUAGUUCUUGAGUUCAGUGAAAAUGAUCCUUUUCUUGAUAAAAAGAAGAAACUACUGCUUGACAAGGGUUUUGGAGUCAAGGUACCAAUGCACCUUAAGAGCCCUUCAUCGCUUGAUUCAACAUGUAAUACUUUGGAGAUAAUGCUUCAGAUAGGAAGAAUAAUCCACUUGGAUGAGGUGGAACUCUAUUUUGGUGAACAUGAUGCACAAGUGGGAUUUUACAGUACUAGGAACGAACUGGAAGCCCUUAAUUCAAUACUUUUGCUUGUGAAUAACUCACUCUCUGGUCAAAUGUACAAGCAAGUGAAUGUCCUGCAACACUUACAAGAGCUGCUCAUUGAUAAAAUCCAAAAAAUGGGGAAUAAGUAUAAUGAGAAAACAAAAUUUUGUAAAAGCUAUAUUUGUGACAAAGAAAAGAUUUUAGUACAAUGGGGUGAAAACAAUGGCGUUAGAAUGAAAUUGGAGAUUGCUUCUAUUGAAGCAGCAGGUAGAGGAGCCAUUGCAAUUGAAGAUUUGAAAGUUGGAGAUAUUGCCUUGGAGAUCCCUGUGUCAGUUAUCAUUUCUGAGGAUAUUGUAUACCAAUCUGACCUGUAUAAUAUAUUGCAGAAGAUUGAUGGGAUGUCAUCUGAGACUAUGUUGUUGCUGUGGAGCAUGAAGGAGAAGCACAAUUGUGACUCAAAAUUCAAAUAUUACUUUGACACUCUACCAAAAGAAUUCAAUACAGGAUUGAGCUUUGGAGUUGAUGCAAUCAUGGCUUUGGAAGGGACAUUGUUGUUAGAAGAGAUAAUGCAGGCAAAAGAGCAUCUGCGCAAUCAAUAUGAUGAGUUGUUUCCAGCACUAUGCAACGAUUAUCCUGAUAUAUUUCCUCCAGAGUUCUAUACAUGGGAGCAGUUCUUAUGGGCUUGUGAACUCUGGUACUCUAAUAGCAUGAAAGUCAUGUUUGCUGAUGGAAAGCUGAGAACUUGCUUAAUUCCUAUUGCAGGCUUUCUUAAUCACUCGCUAUACCCACAUAUAGUGCAAUAUGGCAAAGUAGAUCCUGUAACUGAAUCCUUGAAGUUCCCUUUGUCAAGACGCUGUAGUGCUGGAGAACAGUGUUGUCUUAGCUAUGGAAACUUCUCUAGUUCACAUCUAAUGACAUUUUACGGUUUCAUACCACAAGGAGACAAUCCGUAUGAUGUUAUUCCAAUAGAUAUUGAUGUUGGUCAGAAUGAUAGUAUUGAGGAUUGUCCCAUGUCUAACUGGAGCACCCACAUGGUACGGGGUACUUGGCUCUCGAAGAAUCACGAUAUUUUCCAUUAUGGCUUGCCAACUCCAUUAUUAGACCACCUAAGGAGACUUCGCAACCCUCUCCAUCAGGAAGAGGACCUUUUGCAAGCUCAGUUGGAGAUUGAAUUAGAAGUUCUUGAAGAUCUCCAAUCCGCAUUCAGUGCCAUGAUGGAAAAUCUUGGUGACACACAGUUUGUGGAUCGUGAAAACACAAGCUGGGAUGUGAACUUAGCAAUGGAGUACAAAGAUCUAGAAAGGAAGAUUAUCUCCUCAAAUUUAACUUCAUGUUCUGUUGGUCGCAAGUUGGUUGAAAGUGAGUUGUCAAAACUUGUAUCUUAAAAGAGUGAGGACACCCUUAUCAACAUGAUGCGUGCCUGAACAGAUACAGCCUGCUGACCUCAACAGGUUCAGCUGUCUCCGGCUCCAAGUUCGUAAUCCUGCAGGGAAUAAUGUGGACAACAUAUAUCUCUUUAUAUUUUUGCUCUCAAUGUAGCGCAAUCCUGACAACGGAAAAUUAUUUUUUUAAUGAAACUAAUCAGAAUUCAGCCUAAA